UUUAAUCACGUGAUUUUCACGAAGAUCGCCGAUGAUUGCCGAGUAGUCAUUGCGUAUGCGUCACAGUUUGUUUACAAACAUUGCAAGGUGGAAAAAAGAAUGGAGAAAAAAUUUCCGCCAGUCAUUGAACUGAAUGUGGGAGGAAAACAUUACACCACCACCUUGCUCACCCUCGUAAAAUGUAAGGACACCAUGCUAGCCGCCAUGUUCAGUGGGAACUAUGAUGUGAAGAUGGACCAACAUGGCCGCUACUUCAUUGAUGCGGAUGGGGAGAACUUCCACUAUAUUCUGAACUACCUCAGGUAUGGGGAGCUUCCACCACAAGAGAUCUCUCCAAAGAUUUACAGGGAGGCGGUGUACUUUGGUCUACAGGGGAUGGUAGAGGAGUUAGAAAAGCACCCAAUAUUCCUCGCAAAGAUCCACAGGGAAAGUUUUAGAGCCCAAUUUCCAGGCUACACAAAACUGGUGAACUCCAUAAUAAACAAAGUUCAUCAGGAGUCGUCCAAAAACAAGGAGACUGUUUCAUCAAUGCUUCUCACUCUCUUUGCCAAGGACAAAAAACCCAAACUGGAAACAUUUGACAAGAACCAUUGGUGCACUUUGAAAUCCAAGAACAAAAAGAAAGUGAAAACAGAUUUUAUUCUGGGUCCCUGGACGAGUAAGUCGACAGAGAAGGAAGUGAUGGACUGUAUUGCGUUUGACCUGAGGGAGCAGGGGUUUAGUCUGACCCAGGAGGGGGUCGGUCAGUGUUCCUAUAAAUGUGACAGUCCCCCAGACUACCCAGGGGAGGCUACUGUAGAAAACUGCCCUAGAUCCGUUUUCAAAUUGACUUUUUAUUGGUGGAAAUAAACCACUUAAAAAAUUACUAUUAACCGAAUAUACCUCAUCAUGUUGCUGAAGUUUAUAGCAAUGAAAUGAACUUUUUUUGCUUAUUUGUACAUAUGAUAUUCAAUUUUACCUGUUUUACCUUUCAUUUAUAAUGUUAAUGAUUUUCAUAUUUUUUAUCCAUUGUUUUAAUCCUUGUUGCACAAAUUAAGUUUUUGGAAAAAUCUUACAAAACGAAAGAAAAAUUUAUCAUCAAGCUAUAUUUAUGAGAGUUUAUCCAUUACCUUAAUGUUUAUUUCUAUGCUUUUUUAUGUCCCUGAGGUCAGCAGUGUCAGUGGUAUUUUUUACUACCGGUAUUUGUUUUUGCUUUUGUUUAAGGUAACUGUAAUCUGAUGAAAACUUUUUACAGACAUGAAAUAUGACAUAUAGUGCUAUUUCUGUUGUAAAACAUACAGUCUGGCCGGAUUACAUAUUUUUUUAUUUAACAAGGAGUCGACAAAGACACCUAAUACAUUUUACAUGCAUGGAUUAAAUUGAGAAAAUCAUAUUUAGUAACUGUGAACGCUUUUUUUGGUAUCUGUUUUUCAAUAUUUUUGGCACAGAAGUAUAAUCUGUUUAUAGCAUGGUACUUAGUACAUUGCUUUGUCAUUCCAGUCUAUUCACACAAAUUAAAUAAAGUCUGGAGCAAACAUUCACAUUUAAUAAUAUGUUAAAGUUAAUUUUUAUAGUAUGCUUACUAUUUUCUUAUUAAUAACCAUACAUUGAAAUUUAGAACAUAACCAAGUUAUUCAGCCAAUAAAAUGUCCCCAAUUCUUACAAAAAAUUUAUUCAUCUUGGUAAAGAAUUUUUCUUUUUCUCUUACACUGAAGAGUUUUUGAUUGGUUGAAACUUUAAGAAAGGGCGAUACUAAGUGUAACGAUACUAAGUAUAACCCCUGCAAGAAAAAAGCUACCUGUGAAAGACAAAAAUCUUAAUCACAAUGAAUUUGUGCAAGUUGCACACAGUUUAUAAUGUUAAUUCUUUUUCUUUAUAAUUCCACAAAUGUUUUGUUGCCUUCCUAAUGUACUCAUCACAUAAUAAGUCUCCCCAUUUUCUUGCAAACUUAACAUUUAUCAGAAUUCAUCUAACUUGUUGUGUGUUUUCUAUCCCCUCGCCAAGGCUCGGGUAUAGAAAACACACAACUUGUUGGAUAAAAAUCAUAUACCAUUGUAAAU